AUGAAUGCCCACCCUAAGGAGAUGGUGCCCCUCAUGGGCAGAAGAGCUACCGUCCCCAGUGGGAACCCUGCCAUCCUGCAGGAGAAGAGGCCAGCAGAGGUCACCCCAACCAAGAAAAGCGCACACUUCUUCCUGGAGAUAGAAGGGUUCGAUCCCAACCCCACAGUCUCCAAGACCUCUCCCCCCAUCUUCUCCAAGCCUAUGGACUCCAACAUCCGGCAAUGCCUCCCUGGCAACUGCGAUGACAUGGACUCACCGCAGUCUCCCCAGGAUGACGUGACAGAGACGCCAUCCAAUCCCAACAGUCCCAGUGCAAACCUGGCCAAGGAGGAGCAGAGGCGAAAGAAGAGGCGGCUGAAGAAGCGCAUCUUCGCCGCCGUGUCGGAGGGCUGCGUGGAGGAGCUGCUGGGACUGCUGGGGGAGCUGCAGGAGCUCGGCAAGCGCCAUCGUGGCCUGGACGCGGCCGACUUCCUCAUGCACAAGCUGACGGCCUCUGACACGGGGAAGACCUGCUUGAUGAAGGCCUUGUUAAACAUCAACCCCAACACCAGGGAGAUUGUGGGGAUCCUGCUCGCUUUCGCCGAAGAGAACGACAUCCUGGACAGGUUCGUCAAUGCCGCCUACACCGAGGAGGCCUACGAAGGGCAGACCGCACUGAACAUCGCCAUUGAGCGGCGGCAGGGAGACAUCACUGCGUUGCUCAUCGCUGCUGGCGCCGAUGUCAACGCCCAUGCCAAGGGGAUCUUCUUCAACCCCAAAUACCAGCACGAAGGCUUCUACUUCGGCGAGACGCCCCUCGCCCUGGCGGCGUGUACGAACCAGCCCGAGAUCGUGCAGCUGCUGAUGGAGAACGAGCAGACAGACAUCGCCUCACAGGACUCCCGGGGAAACAACAUCCUCCACGCGCUGGUGACCGUGGCUGAGGACUUUAAGACGCAGAAUGACUUCGUGAAGCGCAUGUAUGACAUGAUCCUGCUGAGGAGCGGCACCUGGGAGCUGGAGACCACGUGCAACAAUGACGGCCUCACGCCGCUGCAGCUGGCCGCCAAGAUGGGCAAGGCUGAGAUCUUGAAGUACAUCCUCAGCCGUGAGAUCAAGGAGAAGCCCCUCCGGAGCCUGUCCAGGAAGUUCACCGACUGGGCAUAUGGGCCCGUGUCGUCCUCCCUCUACGACCUCACCAACGUGGACACUACGACAGACAACUCGGUGCUGGAAAUCAUCGUCUACAACACCAACAUUGAUAACCGGCAUGAGAUGCUGACCCUGGAGCCCCUGCACACGCUGCUGCAUAUGAAGUGGAAGAAGUUUGCCAAGUACAUGUUCUUCUUGUCCUUCUGCUUUUAUUUCUUCUACAACAUCACCUUGACUCUCGUCUCCUACUACCGCCCCCGGGAGGAGGAGGCCCUCCCACACCCCUUGGCCCUGACGCACAAGAUGGGGUGGCUGCAGCUUUUGGGAAGGAUGUUCGUGCUCAUCUGGGCCACUUGCAUCUCAGUGAAAGAGGGCAUGGCGAUCUUCCUGCUGAGACCCUCAGAUCUGCAGUCCAUUCUCUCUGAUGCCUGGUUUCACUUUGUCUUUUUUGUCCAAGCUGUGCUUGUGAUACUGUCUGUCUUCUUGUACUUGUUUGCCUACAAAGAGUACCUCGCCUGCCUCGUGCUGGCCAUGGCCCUGGGCUGGGCGAACAUGCUCUACUACACGCGGGGAUUCCAGUCCAUGGGCAUGUACAGCGUCAUGAUCCAGAAGGUCAUUUUGCAUGAUGUUCUGAAGUUCUUGUUUGUGUAUAUUGUGUUCUUACUUGGAUUUGGAGUAGCCCUGGCUUCGCUGAUCGAGAAGUGCUCCACUGACAACAAGGACUGCAGCUCCUACGGCAGCUUCAGCGAUUCGGUGCUGGAACUCUUUAAGCUCACGAUAGGCCUGGGCGACCUGAACAUACAGCAGAACUCCAAGUACCCCAUCCUCUUCCUGUUCCUGCUCAUCACCUACGUCAUCCUCACCUUCGUCCUCCUCCUCAACAUGCUCAUCGCCCUCAUGGGAGAGACCGUGGAGAACGUUUCCAAGGAGAGUGAGCGCAUCUGGCGCCUACAGAGAGCCAGGACGAUUCUGGAGUUUGAGAAAAUGCUACCAGAAUGGCUGAGGAGCCGGUUCCGGAUGGGGGAGCUGUGUAAAGUAGCCGAGGAAGAUUUCCGGCUGUGUCUUCGGAUCAAUGAGGUGAAGUGGACUGAAUGGAAAACGCAUGUCUCCUUCCUCAAUGAAGAUCCGGGGCCUGUGAGGCGGACAGUAGAUUUCACCAAAAUCCAAGAUUCUUCCAGGAGCAACAGCAAAACCACCCUGAAUGCAUUUGAUGAAAUAGAUGAAUUUCCGGAAACUUCGGUGUAGGAGCAGAAUCUAGAGCUGUGUGGGCAUGGGUCGCCUGGUGCUGGAGGCGGGGCCUGGGACCCGGAGCUGAGGGCUUGCAGAGCAGUGGAGCCUGGCGCUGCGCGCCCAGGAGUGGAAAGCACCCCAUGCUGAGCAGGUGGCUGACCGGAGGGGCGGCCUCAGUCUGUUUGAGCGGGAAACACCUUGGAUUUUUUUACUCAGCAAAGCGUCUGUAUAAACCCGCUGCCGGCAGUCCUGAGCCUGGAAGUCCCUGAAGUCCCUGAAGUCCAGGGUGAAGUCCCUGGGCUCACCAGCUGGAGGUCACCUUGGCUGGGAGAGAAGGGUGGCAGGAAAGGGGCAGAGGCCUGAGGAGCAGGACUUCCUUCCUGUCAACAUCGCCUUGACCCCUGUGGGGCCGCCCACACAUUCCACCCGCUCCCUCACUGUGUUCUGGGCUCCUGAAUCAAAGGGAUUCUUGAUCUCAUCCCAGAGCAAACAGGGGCCUGAACUCAGUGGGAUGUCCUGGGGGAGGAGGGGACUGAGCUCUGGAAACACUUUUUGGACCCUUGGAAUGAGCGCCUUGGCACCUCGAGGCUCGAACUGUCUCAAACUGAGAGACGUUUUUAGUAGAGUAAUUAACACAGGGUUUUUAUUUUCAAUAGAGAAAAAAGACAUUUCAGUGUUGGAUGAAAAUUACUUCGGAUGAAGUAUGUGAUUUUAAAAUAG